AUGGAAUUCGAUGAUAAUUCCGAUCAAUACAAAUUGCUGACUUUAUUUCAUAUCAAAUAUGCUGGUGUUUUAUGCGGGUUUACUGGAAUAUUGGCCACUGUCAUAGCAUUCAGUUUUGGUGUAGCCUUUUUUCCAUGGUCCUUAUACGAUGCAUCGUUUGAUGCAGUUGCGCUCAUCGGCUUCAUCGUCUUUCUAAUAUCUGGUAUAGGAGUUCACUACAUGAUUCUACAUGCGAUACACUUCAUAAAGUUUCGAUUGGUGAUGCCCUUUUUGAUAUAUCAUGCGUUUCUGAUCUCUUUGAAUGCUAUCACAGCACUGAUUGCCAUUGGAGAGCUUGUCGCCGAUCAGGUACUGAAAUUUUUCAAUUCACUGGUUUAA